AGAAAGAAAGAAAGAAAGAAAAAAGAAGGAGAAGAAGAAGAAGAAGAAGAAAUAUACAUUACCAGCAACGUUUUCCAACCACACUCACCUUUCCCUUCCCUCCUCCUCACAGGCCCUCUGACGGAGGUGCACGCAGUCGAGGCCAGCCGCGUCCUGCUCCCGUGCGAGGUCAAGCCGCCUGUUCCCAGCGACGACACGAUCCUUGUUCUGUUCUACCGCGGUUCUAUAGGGACGCCGAUCUACAGCAUCGACGGGCGAAACAGCCCCGUCCGCCAGUCUCCGCACUGGAAGGACGAAGCGGCGCUGGGAAGUCGAGCGUACUUCGACCUCACCAAGCACCCGCCGGGCCUCGUUCUCGACCCCGUGGAGGCGCUCGACGAGGAUGAGUACGUGUGCCGCGUCGACUUCCGGUCCUCGCCCACCAGGAACGUCCGCGUCAAACUGCACGUCGUGGUGCCUCCGACUGGAAUCCGCUUGAUGAACGAAGGCAACGUGGACGUCAGCGGGGUCAUAGGCCCGUAUCCUGUAGGUGCCACGGUGACCCUCAAAUGCCAAGUCGUCGGAGGUCAUCCCCGACCUAUCGUGACCUGGCGUAGCGACGGCAUCCUCCUGGACGACGUGAGUGAAGGUUUAGGUCCUGAGGACACGGUGAACACCCUGGUCCUCGAAUCCCUAACCAGGAACGACCUCUACCGGGUCCUCACGUGCCAGACAGCCAACUCCAACCUCACUGUGCCUCUAGCCGCCGCCGUCACCCUCGACAUGAGCUUCCCUCCCUUGGACGUGCGAAUUCUUGGCUCGCGAAACAACCCCUUUUCUGCGGGCGAGCGCUACGAGCUGGUCUGCGAAUCCUCGGGUUCGAGACCGUCGGCUAAGAUUACUUGGUGGAAGAAUGGCAUGCUCAUGACGGAUGCCAGGAUACAGGUAUUCCAGGAGGGUAACGUCAGCAGGUCCACUCUUUAUCUGACACCAUCACCUGCUGACAACACCGUCUAUAUUUCCUGUCGUGCCGAGAACCAACAGGUGCCUGCGUCGGGGUUAGAGGAUGUCAUCAAAUUGGACGUACACUACUCACCAAGACUCUCCCUCCUCGCUGGCCAGAAUCUCGACAUGGACGACAUCAAAGAAGGUGACGACGUGUACUUCGAGUGUAAUAUUGUCGCCAACCCAAAGGUCUACAAAGUCCAGUGGUUUCAUAACGGAGACGAAAUCACGCACAAUGUGUCAGCUGGUGUGAUUCUCAGCAAUCAGAGCCUGGUGUUACAGCAGGUCACGAAAAGGUCAUCAGGUCAGUACACUUGCACGGCCGCCAACCUCCACGGCAGCAGCGGGUCAAACGCCGUCCAGCUGAGCGUCAAAUUCGCGCCCCUUUGCCGUGGGGGACAAAAGGUAGUGUACGGCGCCGGAAAGCACGAAGAACUUAAUGUUACGUGCAAUGUGGAAGCACAUCCAGAGCCGUUUCGUUACAGGUGGGCGUUCAAUAGUUCGUCUGAGGUUGUGGACAUCCCCGUAAGCCGUACGUGGGUAGUGGGGAAAGGGUUAAGCCAAGUCUCGUACACACCGCACAGUCAUCAGGAGUACGGGUCGUUGCUGUGUUGGGCCAGGAAUGACGUCGGGAUACAGAAACAGCCUUGUAUCUAUCACGUUAUACACGCUGCUUCCCCGGACCCGGUGAACAACUGCACGGUGGAGAACGUGAGUUCGACGGGCGCGGCCGUGCGGUGCCAGGCGGGCUGGGACGGCGGGCUGGCGCAGACCUUCACCCUGUCCGUGAGUCACGCCCGCGCCCACACCCGCGGCCAGGACAAGAAGAACGAGGCGCCCCGAGUGCUGGCCAACACGUCGACGUCGCCGCGGCCCGAGUUCACGCUCACGGGUCUGCAGGCCGGCACCGAGUACGUGCUCACCAUCAUGGGCGUCAACAAGAAGGGCCAGAGCGAACCCGUCAGACUCAAGAUCUUCACGCUCAAGGACAUAGCUGAGAAGCAUACAAGCCCAGUCGGAGGAACGUUGGCAUUUACCUCCCUCCUGGCGGUGAUUCUGGGUGUGGUCGCCUCCCUCCUCCUCAUGGCCGUGGUUAUCGUGCUGGUGGUCAGGUCCCGCUGCGCCCACGUGCACAAGCCAGAGGUCAAGAUGGUGUACAACAAGGGCGUCGCGAGUCCGUCCCGUGGCUCGGACGAUGACCUCAACUCGGACGACCCGAAUCCUGACGUCAUUCCUAUCAACGAUGUCAAGCUACAUUUUCUUCCAGACCAUCUGGUGAAGACAACCCAACAGGUACACCAGAAGAAACAUCCCCAGCAGAACCCACAGCAGGAUCCCACAGCCACAGCUUCGGGUGCCGAACCGUCUCCCGACCCAGGACCUUUACCGUGCCACCUCGAGGCGUGUGCUGACCCGCAGUGCCACCCGUUAACCGACUAUGAUUCCUUCUACAUCAACCCUGGCACUCUCGUUCGACAGAAGUCAGCAACGAUGGCGCCCGUCUCUGACCCCAUGACCCUUAUGGGCUGUCCCCUCGCCGCCUCUACGCCCACAGCUGCCAAGUCUCCGCCUUCGCUCUACCCUCACCCUGCCCACGAGGUGCCUCUGCCCUACCACGGCCCACCCCCUCCACCUUACACCCACGACACCCAACGUGUUGCACCUCUGUACACCCCCCACACCCUGGCCACCGUGCCCUCGCCGUCUUCCUUCGUCUGCGACACGUCCUUCGUCCCCAUCCCCACCUCGCACCCCCAGGAUCCUAGGUCCGUCAGCAUCCCCAGUUCCUAUGCCUCUGACAUUUCCUCCCUGACGCCCGCGGCCUACCCUCAGUAUACCCUCAGCCUAGGGAGAAAGGGCACGCUGGCCAUGGAAGGGGCGGUACCAUCUUGCAUAGCAGGGGUCCCCGCGCCCCCCCACCACGGAUCGACGUACUCCGUGGUGCCAAAGCCCGAGAGGGAAUGGAUGCGGCCCCACGCGCUCGCCCUUCCUCCCUGGGACGACACAGGGAGAGAGCGAGAGCCGAGCCCCGCCCACCGCGAGAGCUCCGUCUAGUACCUGCGAUUAGAUUUAGUCCCAUUUGCUUUCUUUGCCUUUAGGAACUUCUUGGAGGAACCGCCAUUGAUGACGUCACAGAUCCAGUCGCAAUUGAUGAAGUCACAGAUCCAGUCGCCAUUGAUGACGUCACAGAUACCGUCGCCACAUCCGCCGACCCAGUUCAUUACCGCGACGCCCACACCUACGUCCAU